AUGGGGACGCCCUUGGGGGGGAGAUUUGGGGUCCUCUCAGAUGAUGGGGACCCACACGCAAAAUGGGGGGUAAAAUGGAGGUCAAGGCCUCCGGGACCCCCAAGUCUUCUCCAUGUGGGGCAGAAGGUGCCGUGGGUCUCCCCGACGCUGCCCCCCAACCCACCCUGCCCCAUAUUUCUCCCCACAGCCACCCCCCUGCCCUACAUCUGCAGCCGGUGCGGCCGGUCCUUCCCCCGGUGGUCGGCCCUGGAGGGUCACCGCGGUGGCCACGGUGGCCGUGGGGCUGCCCAACCCUGCUGUGGGGAGCGUGGGGAGGUCUCCUCCCCGCCCCACAACCUGCCCCACCACCUCCAGACCCACAGCAGUUGUGGGGAGAAGCCCUAUGGUUGUGAGAAGACCUCCAAGCAGGAUGACCACCUCCUGGAGCACCACCAAAGCCAUGGUGGCCACCAUCCUGACGUCCAUGGUCAGCUCCCCGAGGAGACCUCCAACCCAACCUCCAGACCCACAGGUGACCUCCAGACCCACAGCGGUGGUGGAGAGAAGCCCUAUGCGUGUCCCAACCAGAGCAAGACCUCCAACCACCUGGAGCACCACCAAGCCCAUGGUGGCCACCAUCCUCACGUCCAUGGUCAAUGCCCCCAAGGGACCUCCAACCCAACCCAGCACCUCCAGACCCACAGCGGUGAUGGAGAGAAGCCCUACACGUGUCCCAACCAGAGCAAGACCUCCAACCAGAGUGACCACCACCUCAACCAGCACCAAGCCCAUGGUGGCCACCAUCCUGACGUCUGCAGCCAGGUCCCUGAGGAGACCUCCAACCCAACCUCCAGACCCACAGGUGACCUCCAGACCCACAGCAGAGGUGGGGAGAAGCCCUACACGUGUCCCAACCAGAGCAAGACCUCCAACCAGAGUGACCAUCACCUUGAGCACCACCAAGCCUGUGGUGGCCACCAUCCUGACGUCCCCGCCCAACUCCCCGAGGAGACCUCCAACCUGCCCCAGCACCUCCAGACCCACAGCGGUGGUGGGGAGAAGCCCAACGCCUUCAACCAGAGCGACCACCACCUCAACCACCACCAAGCCCAUGGUGGCCACCAUCCUGACGUCCCCACCCAACUCCCCGAGGAGACCUCCCGCUGCGUCUCCGCCCCCGUGGAGCGCCCCCACCGCUGCGGGACGUGCGGCAAGACCUUCUCCCACCGCUCCAACCUGCUGAAGCACGUCAAGACCCACGGCGGGGACAAGCCCUUCUCCUGCGGCGACUGCGGCAAGGUCUUCGUCCAGAGCUCCGAGCUCCUCCAGCACCAACGGCGCCACACGGGGGAGAAGCCCUUCUCCUGCGGCGACUGCGGCAAACGUUUCGGCCACGGGGCCACCUUGGCCAAGCACCGGCGUCUCCACUUGGGUCUCCAGCCCCACCGCUGCGGGGAGUGCGGCCGGGCCUUCGGGCUCUUCUCGGCCUUGACCCGUCACCGCCGGACCCACGGCGAGGAACGUCCCUUCUCCUGCGGGGUGUGCGGCCAAGCGUUCUCCUUGAGGUCCAACCUGGUCCUCCACCGCCGGACCCACGGCGGGGAACGGCCCUACCGCUGCGGGGAGUGCGGCAAGACCUUCGGGGUGAGCUCCACCUUGGUGAGACACCAACGCAUCCACACCGGGGAGCGGCCCUACGGCUGCGGGGUCUGCGGGAGGACCUUCCUCCGCAGCGCCCACCUGGAGCAGCACGGCCGGACCCACACCGGGGAGAGGCCCUACGGCUGCGGGGUCUGCGGCCGCCGCUUCAGCCAGAGCUCCAACCUCAUCACCCACCAGAGGGUCCACCUGGAGGAGGCCCAGGAGCUGGCGGGGAAGAUGGGCUGGGAAGGGCAACCCAGCUUGGAGAUGUUGGAGGGGAGGUUGGGCUUGAAGCUCCUCCGGGGUCAACUGGGCUUUGAGGGUCAACCAGGCUUUGAGGGUCAACCAAACUUGGAAGGUCAACCAGGCUUGGAGAAGUUGGAGGGUCAACCAGGCUUUGAGGGUCAACCAGGGUUGGAGGGUCAACCAGGCUUGAAGACGUUGGAGGGUCAACCAGGCUUGGAGGGUCAACCAGGCUUGAAGACAUUGGAGGGUCAACCAAGCUUGGAAGGUCAACCAGGCUUGGAGGGUCAACCAGGCUUAAAGACGUUGGAGGGUCAACCAGGCUUUGAGGGUCAACCAGGCUUUGAGGGUCAACCAGGCUUGGGAGGUCAACCAGGAUUGGAGGGUCAACCGGGCUUAGUAGGUCAACCAAGCUUGGAGAUAUUGGAGGGUCAACCAAGGUUGGAGGUGUUGGAGGGGCACCUGAAGCCCAAGAUGGUUGGGGGUCAACGGGGCUUGGAGACGAUGGAGGAGAACCCCAAGACCAGGAGGUCCAAGGUGGGGCACCCCAUGGAGUAGGACCCCGUGGAGGAGAACCCCAUGGAGGAGAACCUCAAGGUGGAGAACCCCAUGGAGGAAGACCCCAUGAAGAACCCCAAGGUGGAGAACCCCAAGGUGGGGCACCCCAAGUUGGAGAACCCCACGGAGGAGAACCUCAUGGAG